AAUAUGAUGAUGAUUUCGAAAUUAACGUUAAUGACCCUCGAUUUACGGCACUACAUGAAUCGCAUCAUUUCGCGAUUGAUCCUUCCAAUCCACAGUUUAAAAAGACUAAAUCUAUGGGUAAACUUUUAGAGGAACGGCAACGACGUCAGAUUGAGUUAAAUAAUCAGGAAUCGAAUACAAAUUUCGAGGAAAUCUCAAACGAUAAGAAUUCAAAUGUUCAAAUUAAAGAUUCUAGCCUAUCAUUAUUAAUAAAUUCCGUAAAACGAAAGAGUGCAUUAGCUACCGAAAGCAAUCAAAAAGGAAAGCGUAGAAAAACCAAAUCUUAA